AUGAUGCGCACGCGUGAUCCUAGGAUCCGCCAGCGGAUCAACCAGAUCUCCCAAAACCUCGAAACUGCCAACGAAUCUGCCCAGGAAGGCCUGUACGCUUUCUCCCAGAACUACAUAUCGCCAUGUCUGUCCUCCCUUGGAAACUGUAUAUCUGCGUGCACUGCCUGCUGCAUACCAACGCGUGAAGAUCAGCUGCGGCGCCGGCGCCGCGGCAAUGCGGAAGCCAACUUCGACUUCUACGAUGAUUGGGACAACGACGAAGCCGACGACGGGCUACUGGGCUGGGGCACGGGGGAAUUGGACCGCCUCCUGGCUGGCAGUGGCCUGGCACGGGGCGGUGCGGAGCAGCCGCGACUUCCGCGGCGCAUGAGUUAUGGCACGCGUCACACAAGGCGCAGGAGUACAGUGCUUAAUCCGGAUAACCGAUCCGAUCCGACGGUUAUCCCUAGUUCGUCUCUGCUGGGGUUCUUGGAGCGCUUUCCUUGGAGGCUUGGGGCAAAGGGUGUUAAGUAUCGUCCCUCGGCAUCGGGAUUGCAGGAAAACCCAGGUAACCUACGACGCUAUGUCCAUGAAGACGAGCCGUUGAUGGCUGCUAUGGAUGAGAAUGAGGAGAAUUUAGUUUCUUAUCAGGAUUCUGGACGGCAUCGGACUCCCGCGGGGAUCUGUUCCCCUAGUGAUGACGAAGAAGAUGCAGUUCCGCUAGACGAUGAAUUUGCUCUUGCGCUGGGGCGCCGUGGUACAGGGCUAGAGUCGGAUGACUUGUCGGGCUCGAAACCGGAGAUAAUGAGGUCUCCCUCUGGUACUUCUAGCUUGGCAGAAACGUCAUCACGAAAGGCGAGGCGUGGAAAAAAGAAGCGCUCGUCGACAAAAUCACCAAUGAGUACAGAUCAAGAGGUCAUCCAUGAUGCCGAUAUGCCAUCCCUCGCGGAUUUGAAAAAAGAAGAGGACCAGGCGGCCAAGGAAGAGGAGCUUGCGAUUGAGAAGAGACGACUUGCUGCGCAAGAACUGGCCAUGAAGCGUGGGCUAGAUGCGCAAGACGCGCAGCUGUCCGUAUCCCCAUCUCAGCUUAAAGAGCAUGUCACAGAGCGACCCCUCGAACAAGGUCAAUCGCUGAGCUCCCGUCGAGUUUCUGACAAAUAUGAUCAAAUGUCGACCGAUUCAUCUAUUCGGAGGUUAUCGCGUGACCAGACCGAGCCUUUUCCACCAUUUCCAGCAUCUGCUUCUCUCGCUUCCUCGCCUACCCCUAGCUCCGUACCAGAAGCUAGUAGCAAGACUGCCACUGGCGAUACCGGUGACCCGGAUGCCGGCCAUUAG